AUGGGACAAUUCCGCAUCCAAGGCCGAUAUGCGUCAGAGUCAAAACUUGGCCCAAAUGCACCAACCAAGAAAGCUGUUCUGUCACCUUUGUCGCUGGAGGCCCGGAAGGAUCCUCUAGCAUUUCGCAAACUUGUCCUUGAAACCAUCACACAGAAGCCUAUCUCGACUGAAGACAUUGGACGUGAACGACUAGGAAGUCAGUUUCUCCGAGCUACGAAUCUGGCCUGGGCGGGAGCGAAGAGACUCUUCGCAGUGGAGGAAAUGAUCGAUAAAUCCAAUCAAGAGUUCAAGAAGCGUGAAAAGGAAUUGGCUCAGCAGAAUGAUCUUUUACGAUGUCAACGGGACGAAGCUCGUCGAGCAGUUAGAGCGCUUAUCUCUGCCCACGUUCGUGAUACACCAGGAGUUUCGCAAGAUGAUCAGAAAGAUCCGCUCAAGGUUCUUCUGUCAUGGGUUGAGAAUCCGGGGAAUGAUGUGGACCGGCAAGACGAGGAUGUAUCAGGAUGA